AUGGGUAUCAAACACCUCUACCAGGUCAUCUCUGAAAACGCCCCAGAUGCCGUCAAGACGGGCGAAAUCAAAAACCAUUUCGGCCGCAAGGUCGCCAUUCUCAUGAGCGAAGCGGGCGAAACCACCUCACAUCUCAUGGGCAUGUUCUACCGUACCCUACGAAUUGUCGACAACGGUAUCAAACCGCUCUAUGUCUUUGACGGUGCCCCUCCAAAGUUGAAAGGCGGCGAACUCGCAAAGCGAUCGGCGCGCAAGCGGGAAGCCCACGAAGCUCACGAAGAGGCUAAGGAGACCGGUACUGCAGAGGACAUGGAGAAGUUCUCGCGAAGAACAGUUCGGGUUACACGAGAGCACAAUGAAGAGUGCAAGAAGCUCUUGAAGCUGAUGGGUGUUCCAUAUAUCGAUGCCCCGACGGAAGCUGAGGCGCAAUGUGCGGUUUUGGCGCGUGCUGGCAAGGUGUAUGCAGCUGCGUCGGAAGAUAUGGAUACCCUUUGCUUUGAGGCGCCAAUUUUACUACGUCACUUGACAUUCAGCGAGCAGCGAAAGGAGCCCAUUCAGGAGAUUCAUCUUAACAAGGCUCUUGAAGGUCUUGGCAUGGACAGGGCGCAGUUCAUCGAUCUCUGCAUUCUUCUGGGCUGCGAUUACCUAGAACCCGUCCCCAAGGUCGGCCCAAAUACCGCAUUGAAGCUCAUUCGCGAACAUGGAUCGCUCGAAAAGGUUAUUGAAGCAAUUGAAAGCGACCCCAAGAAGAAAUACGUCAUUCCUGACGACUGGCCGUACAAAGAGGCACGUGAACUUUUCUUCAAUCCCGACGUGAGGAAGGCCGAUGAUCCACAAUGCGAUUUCAAAUGGGAGAGCCCUGAUGUCGAGGGUCUAGUUAAGUUUCUAGUCACCGACAAAGGAUUCAGUGAGGACCGAGUUCGCAACGGCGCUGCACGAUUGGCAAAGAAUCUUAAGUCAGCUCAACAGUCUCGGCUUGAGGGAUUUUUCAAGCCGGUCGCCAAGACUGAUGCAGAAAAGGUGAGCUUGAAGCGCAAACACGACGAGAAAAUUGAGGAGCAAAAGAAGCGGAAGAAGGAAGAGGCCAAGGCUAAGAAGGAAGCCAAAGCGCGCCCGCGUGGCGCUGUAUGA